GAAGUCUCCCCGCAUCCCCCGGUGUCCUCCUGGCGAGCUCCCACGGCGCGGGUCGGCACGGCGGCGUCCGGAGGCUGAUCCGAGUCCGAGGAGCCUGCGUUGCCUAUGAGACAGGAAGCCGCCUUCACAAACGGACCAGCAUCUCUCCAUCACCGUGAUGCCUCUGAUGGUAGCUGUGUUUUAUUUAAGUAAAAAGACUCCGGACAAUAUAUGUGUUUUGUAAAAAAACAAAUGUCUCUUAGACCAUAAGAUUGAAAACUAGGGCUGAACAGACAGGAGAUCGCCCUUCCUGUGUCCAAGGCUUAGCUUAGGAUAGGCGAGACACAGUGCAAGAGGCAGAGUCACUUUUCCGCUCUCCCUCGCCAGAGUAAAAGCCUUUGAGUAGCCAAACAGUAGCAGCAGGACAGAGCAGCGUAGAGGGCUGUUGGUCCGUGGAGGGAUGUUGCUGUGUUUACAAUGACCAACUGUUGGACUGUGUGGGACUGUCAAGGCUCUUCAGUGAAGGAGAGGCAGGACUCUCUGUGGACGAUGAACCGCUACACCACGCUGAAGCAGUUGGGGGACGGCACGUACGGCAGCGUGCUCCUGGGAAAGAGCAAUGACACUGGGGAGCUGGUGGCCAUAAAGAGGAUGAAGAGGAAGUUUUAUUCUUGGGAGGAGUGUUUGAAUCUAAGAGAGGUGAAGUCACUGAAGAAGCUGAACCACGCCAAUGUGGUAAAACUGAGAGAAGUGAUCAGAGAAAACGACUACCUCUACUUUGUCUUUGAGUACAUGAAAGUAAACCUCUAUCAGCUCAUGAAGGAGAGAAACAAGUUGUUCCCUGAGUCAGUCGUCAGAAACAUGACAUUUCAGAUAUUACAGGGACUGUCCUUUAUUCAUAAACAUGGGUAUUUCCAUCGUGACAUGAAGCCAGAGAACUUGCUCUGUAUGGGCCCAGAGCUGGUUAAGAUUGCUGAUUUUGGACUAGCCAGGGAAAUCCGCUCGCAGCCACCUUACACUGAUUACGUGUCGACAAGAUGGUACCGAGCCCCGGAGGUUCUGCUGAAGUCUAACUCCUACAGCUCACCCAUUGAUAUCUGGGCCGUGGGAUGCAUCAUGGCGGAGCUCUACACACUCCGGCCUCUUUUCCCUGGGAACAGUGAGGUGGACGAGAUCUUCAAGAUCUGUCAGGUCCUGGGAACGCUGAAGAAGUCAGACUGGCCUGAAGGCUACAACCUGGCCACCUCGAUGAACUUCCGCUUCCCAAAGUGCGUCCCCACCAGCCUCAGAUCGCUGAUCCCCAACGCCAGCAACGACGCCAUCACCCUGAUGAAGGACAUGCUGCAGUGGGACCCGGAGAAAAGACCAAGUGCUGCUCAGGCUUUACGGUAUCCAUACUUCCAUGUCGGCCAGGCACUCGGCGCUCCUCUGAAGUAUUCGGAGCAGCACAAGGCUCAGGUAAAGAUGUCCGAGGCGGCUGCUGAAACGAAGCCUCUGUCCCUCUGUAAGACAGACAUAGAGUCCAGCGAGCCAAGCAGGACACAGACCUGCAGCCAGUCUCUCCACCAGCCCCUUCAGCAGAUACUCCUGCCUCAGGACAACAUGGAAAGCACAAAACAAGCAAUGUGUUCCACCACGCUGACGGAGGGGCAGCAGGAACCUCUCAGCCUGGUGAAAAACAGGCAGCCGAUGAACUGGCAGGCUCAGACAAGAGCAGCUCCCAUAGGAGCCGAGAACAGCAUGACAGGAGUGAGGACAGGGCGUAGACGAUGGGGCCAGACGUCUUUCAAGUCCGUCGACAGCUGGGACGAUGGUGAGGACGCAGACGCUGGAGUCUCCAUCUCCAAAAAACCCACCAUCAGCACUCUGAGGGACAGGGGGCUCGACGGGCCCAACUGUCGAUUUCCAGAGUCAAAGAGCAACACAGGAGUGAAGCUGCAGAGCAACAGCGGGCUGAGCAGAGCUGACUCCACCACCUUGUCUGCCAAGCAGCACUACCUCCGCCAGUCCAGAUAUAUGCCUGGCAUAAAUCCUAAAAACAACUCCUCAGCAGGAGGCCAGGUUGUUGGCAGAAAGCUGUUGGGCAGCUCGUGUUUAACAAGAGGACAGAUGAUGGAGUUUCCUCUAAAUAAAGACAUUAGUCUUCCUAAACUAACAGAUAAGCAGCCUCUAAAAGAAAAGACUCUGGAGGAUCUUGAUCCUUUAAAAGACUCCUUCAUGAGCAACUCCAACAACCCGAGCAAGUCACACAUGUCACCUUUUCAGAUGACCGAAACAGGAGCAGCUAGACAGAGGAUUACACUGGCACCCAUAGGAUGCAGCUCUGCCAUGGAUCUAAGAGUUGACUCCAAAAUCAAAUCGUCCAAGAGCAAGACCUCCUCAAAUAAACUCACAAAUGAAGAAUAUGAAGGGCGGAGGAGCAGAACCCAGAACGCUGGAUGCAGCACAGCAGGGAAGAACACCUUUCCAAGGAGCACAAACAAGCCCGUGCACGGACGAGUAGACUGGACCGCCAAGUAUGGAGGUCACCAGUAGCACAGCAGUCCGCUCUGCUCCACCAGUGACUCAUGGGAAAAGUUCCCAGUGCACUUAAGUCAGGAAAUACAGACUUCAGAGAAGAAGUGUUUCCUGCUAGUCUGUUGUUACAAUUGCCAUGCUAUUAAAUAUAGUUCAAUGUUGUACAAGUGUCCUAUAACUGCGGUCAGUAUUUUUUUUAAAUAAUAGACUAGAAAAUUAUUAUUAUUUUUUUUUAAUUAAAGUGGGUGAAUUUAUUUUACAGAUAUAUUUACAAGCUUAAAAAAGCAUUUAACUGUAAAAAGAAAAAAUCCUUUGUAUUAUUAAAGAUAGACAUCUUUUUUUCUUGUA